GUGAAAAUUUUGAAGAAUCCAGUUGACCCAGUUGACCCAAUUGCCCAAAAUCAUCAAAAAUUCCCACAAUGAAGCUUUUGAUCUCAGCUUCUCUGCUCUCUGCAAUGGUGUUUUACUCUUCUCUUCUCCCUUUCCUCCACUCUUUCAACCUUUAUAUCUCUGCAACAGCCCACAAGAACUACAUGUUCUUGCUCUGCAAUGGCCUCCUUGUCUUCAUUGUUCGAAACUCCGGUCUUAUCAGCUGCUCCGGCGACCGACACAGUGGCGGAGAUAGCAGGGGAGCUGAAGCUCUAGAGGCUUCCAUGGCGGAUGGCAGCAGCAAAAUUGAGAGCAAAGUUGAAGAUAGAGAAGAGAGGGGAAAUGGGUUGAUUCAAAAAGAUGAAGAAAGUGAAAGAUCGAUCGUGGAGGAUGACGAUAACGACGACGACGACGACGAAGAAGAAGUUGGGGCAUUGAGCAAAGAGGAAUUGAAUAAGAAAUGCGAAGAAUUCAUUAGAAAAAUGAAGGCUGGAAUCAAGCUUGAAUCACAGCAAUUGCUUGUUUUGUAAUUGUAACUUAGAAUCUAUUUAGGGAGAAAAAUAAUUAGCAUGACAUUAAUAUUAACUUUAAUAAAAUAUUAUUUAUUGU